UAGAAAGCAACAUUAAAAAUGACGCUUCUCCGUCGUUUUUGAUUUUAGAGUGAUAAAAAAUGUAAAAAGAAACAAUUCGAAAUGCUUUUUCUGGGUUUCGAACAUAGGAAUAAAUUUGUGAUUAUAAUUUGACGUGAAGUGCCGAUGUUUUUAGUAAUAAGUUGACAAAAAAAGUGCUUAAGAUGGAUAAUAUUGAACUGUUAUUUUUUGAUACAUUUUCACAUGACAUUUCAGAGGAACUAAAUUUGGAUUUGGUUCAGUUUCCAAAGCCUGUGUAUAUAAGUGAGGUUAGGAUUAUUCCACUAGGUGCGCGAGUUCAGGCCGAUUUUCCCGGAGGCGUUCGUCUUGGAGCCACGAACCCUUCUCAAUUUGAAAUAGAAUUUUUCGUGAAUGACCUGAGCAAGCCAGGAGCAUCGACUUUCGAAUCUCUAGGAGGUUUGGAAUACAAGCAGAAUAUACACAUCCAACUUGAAUGUGAACGCAAACAAAUUCCGACAGACGGAUUAGUUCUCCGUGGCUGGUACACAACGAUAACUCUAGCCGUUUAUGGAACUUUGACCAAGUCAAUUAGCAAUCCCCAGGAGGUUCCAAGCUCAGCCCCAGCCUCGACUGUACCUGUCGCAGCCCCAGAAGAAGCUCCAGUCAAGGAAGUCACAAUCCCUGCUCCGGAAUCGGAAGCCGAAUGGUUCUUCGAAAACCAGGCUCAGAAUAAUUCCACUGAAUCUUCUACGGUUGCGAAUCCACCUCCACCACCUCCUCCAGUGGCUCCGCCUCCAGCACCAGAGUCAAAAAGAAAUCCCCCCGUAGAACCACCAAAGUUAGAACCUCCACCAUGGAAAGAAGAAGAAGUUCCUCCUCCCCCUCACAAACCAGUAAAACGUCCAACCUCUCCUCCUUCCGAAUCCCUCAUUUCUCUCAGUCCAGAAUCUAUUUCUGCCGAAGAAGAAGACGGAGACCAUGAACCCAAAGAUACCGGAACAGUCGAACCCUUCGAACCAAUUCUUUCCGACGAGGAAAUGCUGGAUGACGUUCCAUCCGCAAUCGACUACGAAGCCGAAAGUCAAGCCCUCGAUCUUCUUCUUUUGCAUCCUCCGAAUCUCCUCGAUAUAGAAAACCCCCCUAGUAAUUUCGAGGAUCGCUCUCUAGACGGACGAGCUGUUGAAAAACUUCGCGAGACGAUCAUUUCCCUCGCAAAAUCCGUUUCCAAUUUCGCAUCAGCCUCCGGACAAGAGAAGGAAACCUUUGUUCACAAUUGCGAGUCUUUAUGUACGGCUCUCAAUUCUUUUAAUCUUACUCCAGAGGAUUUCCAGCAUCUUUCGGAUAUUAGCUGCGCAGGCUUGGAUAUUGAACUUGCAAGGUCUCAGCCUCAACCGGCUUAUAAAGUUCGGCACGUUAAGGUUGGAGUUCGCCUGACAGAGGCCUUGUGUCGAUUAUCCGAAGGGCCAGAUAUUUUAUUAAAAAUCAACGUGCCUUACAAGCUUCUAUCUCUCUGUAUGCGAGAGAACGUUGCACUUCCUGUUAAACUUUCUGCAAUUCGAGCUUUAGAUGCAGCCCUGAUUAGUCCGAAAAUCGUGCAGGAAUUUCUGAAGAUGGAAAAUGAGCUCUAUAAGUUGGCUUUGAUGAUGUUGGACGAAGCAAAACUCGUGCGACUGAAGUACGCUCUGAGCUCUUUGCUGCGAAAGAUUCAUGUCUAUGAAUUGCUCACUGAGAUGUGUGAUUUGGAUGGGAAAACUGAAGUGAAGGAAUUGGAUAAAGUGAGUAAAUCCAAGAAGAUUAAUGAACUGAAGGAGAUUAUUGUUGUUGAGUUGAAAAAUGCUUAUGUUUACGCACCAACUUUGAUGGCCCAACCAAAGCGACAACUUCCAGCGAGCGCGCAAAUGGAAUUUGAAAGAGAACAGGGAAGAAAUCCUAGGAGGCAUUUAAUAACUUAUUUUGCUCAUCAUAAAUUAUUAGAAAGAUUUCUCGUGAUUCUGACUUCACCGAAUUCGGAGGCUGGAUUGAUCAGAGCGACGAAAGAGUUUCUUUUCUCAAUGGCGGGCACAAAAGAGGGAUUGGUUUAUAUGAUAAGAGAACCAAAGGUGACGCAGUCUUUGUUGAAGACUUUUAGGUACGACCAGGGAGGAAUUGGAGAAGAACUCGCUUGGCGGUUUCAAGUUGUACAAUGCAUGAUGGCCCUGACUUGUAAAAGUGAGGAUUGGACCUCGCUGAGGAAACUACAUUCUUUUCUUUCCUAUCCUCAAGGACUCCAGGCUGUGAUAUAUGUCGUUCCGAUGGAUAAUUUUAUUGAUGUUUUGAUUCCCUAUCUGGCGGAUGAACAUCUUUAUGAAUUUGCCGCGGAGAUUAUGUCGGUUGUGAUUAGAUAUUCGGGGAGAGUGGAAAUUUUUCAGCAUCGUUCUGUCGAGUUGAUGGAGAAGACUAGGCACCAGGUGUUGAGGGAUGUCACGCCUUAUUUGACAGUUGCUGCUCAAACUUCCAGUUGGAACUACGGAGACGUUUCCUCGUUGAUCACAAUCAUCCGAAAGAAUUCAGACAAGGCAGCUUCUCUCCCCGGUGAGUUAAUUACAGCUUUGAGAAUUCUACACUACCUCGUUUUUCCUCCGCACAACGAUGUGGAUCCAAUGGAACCCUACAUCGAACUCAAACACAGGAACGCCCUGACUCAACUUUUUGCCGCCGAUGGUCUCAGUGCUUUGGUUUCGGUAAUGUCCAAGAUUGCAGAUUUUUACGAACAGCCCUUUUUACAUCGAGCAACUCUAACUGGAAAAAGAUGUCUAGCCUUAGUAGCUUUGCUUCUUCCAUCAGUCACGCUCACAAGAGCUUUACUCGAGCGUCUCGUUAAAUGUAUGGGAACUGACUUCAAAGAUUUAACAGCCGUUGGGCCUCUCCUAGGUGUGUAUUCUCUGAUUGAAGCUCUUCCAGUUACUCGAGCAGUUCAGAAUCUUUCAGACGAAAUUGUAGCAACUCUUCUCAUUUUUACACGAGCUGUUGACUCGGACGGUUCCGGAAACGUGGCAAAGUCUCUCUGGACCCAAAUGCUUGGAGAAGUUUUGAAAAUGCUGUCCAUGAGUCCUUGCAACUUUGUUCCUGGAUUGAAAUUACUCACGAGAUUAUUGCCCCCGAUUUUAACGCCGAAGGAAACUUCUUCUGAGGAUAAGACGAGAAUUCUGGGUCUGAGGAAAUUGUGGUCUGCUCAUCUUCAAGCGCAAGCUAACAAUCUUACAGAAAAUCUGAGGCUGCUGUGUUCCAGUUGGAAUAAAGAUUUGCUGAGUCUGGUUUCCAUGGUUUGCAAGCAACUCAGCGAUUUGGCAGCGCCAACUGCGCUCCUUGUUGGAAGAUGUUUGCUCGAUGCAAUCCUGAAUGCAAAUCCUCUAGAGAACAAUUUGCCUAUCCUGGGACUUCUCUCCGAUCUGUCGCGACACGCUCCAAUGAAAGCGACGCUUCUCACUCUAACAAAUCCAGCAUCUCGAGCCCAGGUUAAAUCCGAUCAGAAAUAUCCUCCAGUCAUCGAGAUGAUGUGCACGACCCUAAAAAACGCAACAGACCACAGAGUCCAGCUGAAGAUCCUCAGCAUCUUUGAAACUCUCUGCGAUAGCAACAUCAGCCUCGUCGAAGAAGAUGCCAAAGAACCUUUUGAAAAAGGUCUAACUCAUUCAGUUCCUAGCAAAGAACCACUCCUCGCUAUUCUCGCAGCUCUCAUAGAAAUCAUCGCUAGUGCUUCAAAAUACCAUCAGAACGUUUUAGACAUCACUUUGCACAUUCUACUCUCACUCACGAGUCAUAAUUACGGUUUAUACCACGUAAAAAGUUGUUUAGAGAACAAUCCGGAAGCUUUGAAAUCAUUAUUAGAACAUGUCACCUCCCAAAACGAGGAAACGAAAGAAGAGAACAAAGAUGCUGAUGAGGAUAAAGAAAAAGAUAAAGAUAGAGUUGACAAAGAAAUUGUAAAAAUUAAAGAAGAAAAAAAGGAAGAGGCGGAGGGAAAUUCCCUCUCAGUAUUGACCGUCACUUUUCUUGAGAAUUUGAUAUCUUGUAAAUCACAGAAACGAACUUUGGAUUUCCGAGUGCAGCAGCUUUCUUCUUUACUAUCGUGGGAUAAAGAUGAUCAUCCUCUGGAAAAAAUUCGAGAAGCUCGUGAAUUAGUUGACGGGUUGAAAGCUCUAGAGGAGAAGGAUGAUAAGGAACCUAUUCCGGAAAUGCUGGAGCCUCUGCUCCCCACUCCGGAGGCUUUGUUGAAUCAGUUUUCCCAGAGGUCGAUAGGAACUUAUGAAUCAACUCGAAUUUCGAAGAAAAUUGAGAUGGAUGGUCCAGCUCUCAGUGAAAAUACAGUCGACUUGCUGGCUUUGGCGACUGAACUUUUGCCCGCUGAUUUUAAUCUUCUAGCGGAGGCUCAAAGAUUGUGUUCGAAAGCUCCUCCGGAUGACACAAUACAUCCAAAAAGUCAAGCGGAUGAAGCUAGGGAAAACCAGAAACAAAAUAAUAUUCCCACUGCGAAAACGAAACAGCCUUUCGUGACCCCCAUGAGAGGAAGAGCACAAUUUGCAAAUUCCCUGAGAGGAAAUUCAGUCGGUGGCGGUGCAGGACGAGGAGUCGAUCCCUUCCGAUCCAGACCACCAAAUACUUCAAGGCCGCCAUCCCUCCACGUAGAUGAUUUCGUAGCCUUGGAAACUUGCGGUGCACAGCCAACGGGACCAACAGGAUACAACAAGCUCAGUAUUCGGGGCUCAGGCCCACAACGAGGUGUCAUGCCGGGAUCUCGAAGUCGACCCUGGGUCCCAGAACCUCGUCCUUAUCUUCGAUAAUUUCAUUCUUAAUUUAUCUGUUCACCUCGACAUCAUUUAUUAAUCAAGAUCACUCAUCCACUUCGAGUACUUUUACAGUGAAUGCAUUUCCAAUACAAAGCACCCGCACUUAAAAAUAGUUCCGGUUUGAUAAAGAUUUGCUCUUUCUCUUUAUAAAAUAAACAAUACACUUUGCACAAGGAUUUAUCAAUUAGUAGCGAACUGGAUGAGAAGUCUUGAUUUCCCAGAAAAAUGUAUGAUAUUUGUAGAUUUGUUAUUGCUGUAAAAUAUAAUUCCACUGGAGAUAAUCUUUUA